AUCAUCUAAAAAGAAGACAUCAUCAAACAAAAGCAAUGUCCCCAAAAUUACUAGGGUUUUUAAGGGCAUCAAUAAAGCUCAAAAAUGUAAAACUAGACUACCACUAUUUAAUAAAUCAUUUCAUCCCCGGUCCCCCUUAUCAUCUUUCCCAUCAUAGUUACUAUCUUUGUUCAAAUGUUCCACCAUCUAAGUAACAUCUUCAUAAGCCUUUUCAUUCCUUUCCAAAAACUAAAUUACCUUCAAAUCCUCUAUUUUUCUUCACUUAUCAUCUUCAUAUUCAUCAUCCAUUACAUAUCUCGCCCUCAUACAGUCUACUUGGUCGACUAUUCUAACUAUAGACCACCCACCAUACUUAGAGUUCCAUUCCCAUCCUUCGUGGAACAUUCUAGAAUCAUUGUCGAUGAUAACAAAAUCGUCGAUUUUCAAAUGAAAAUCCUAGGACGUUCAGGACUAGGAGACGAGACUUGUUUACCUCCCGCCAUCCAUUACAUCCCACCAAAUCCAACUACAGAUGCAGCUCACGAGGAAGCUAAAACUAUCAUCUUCAGCUGCCUCGACAAACUGUUCUCGAACACUGGUCUUAAACCCAAGGAUGUUGAUAUAUUGAUUCUCAAUUGUGGUUUAUUCUCUCCUACACCAUCUUUAUGUGCCACUUUAGUGAAUAAAUACAAGUUAAGAAGUGAUAUUGCAAGUUAUAAUAUUUCAGGGAUGGGAUGUAGUGCAGGAUUGAUAUCAGUAGACUUAGCCAAAGAUCUACUCCAAAUACAUCCAAACUCAAACGCAGUAAUAGUAAGUACGGAGAUACUGACUCCGAACUACUACCAAGGAAGUGAUCGUGCAAUGCUCCUCCCGAACUGCUUAUUCAGAAUGGGAGGAGCUGCGGUUUUAUUAUCCAACAAAACAACGUGCAGAAGUCACGCAAAAUAUCAACUUCUUCACCUUGUUCGAACCCAUAAAGGAUCCGACAACAAAUCAUUCAAAUGUAUAACAAGAGUCGAAGAUAACAAAGGUAAACUCGGGAUUUCCCUUCAAAAAGACGUGAUGACUAUAGCAAGGGAAGCACUUAAAUCCAAUAUUACAACUAUAGGUCCUUUGGUGCUUCCUACAUCUGAGAAAAUCCUUUUUCUAUUAUCCUUCUUUGUGCGGAAGCCUUAUGUACCGGAUUUUAAAAAGGCGUUUGAACAUUUUUGUAUUCAUGUUGGUGGUAGAGCGGUGAUUGAUGAGCUUCAGAAGAAUCUACGGUUGUCAGAUGAACAUGUAGAAGCUUCUAGAAUGACGCUUCAUAGAUUUGAGAAUACAUCAUCGUCAUCAUUAUGGUAUGAAUUGGCAUAUAUUGAAGCAAAAGGAAUGAUGAAGAAGGGAGAUAGAGUUUGGCAAAUUGGAUUAGGAAGUGGGUUUAAGUGUAAUAGUGCAGUGUGGAAGUGUUUAAAUGGUGUGACAAAUAGUCCUACAAAAGAUAGUCCAUGGUUUGAUUGUAUCCAUAAGUAUCCUGUUCAUAUUCCUGAAGUUGUUAAGCUCUAAUUUAGCUUCAGUUCAGUGAGACUUUUUCCUUUUUGUUUUUAAAUUUUAUUUUUAUUUUUAUUUUUGUGGAAUGUGAUAUUUGUUGUAUUCUGUAUGUGCAAUU